AUGGCUGUAAUGCUCUUAUUACAAUAUAUAACUAUUCCGGACAUCUCUGCGUCUUACGCAGUACAAUGCAAUCAACAUUUCCCAAAUAUAGAACAAUCAACGCUGUACGAUUUUGUGAUGUUGUCCGAUGCGGCAAACAAGUGGAUGAAGUUCGUUGCUUUUGUUGCCACAGACCACAAACCCAUAGGAAUUGGAAAAACGUAUAAAGUUGCAAUAGGUGCACAAACAUUUUCAUUCGUUACCGUCGAACAUCAGCAAGGGCACUAUCUUAUUCUGCAAAAUAUAAAUAAAAACGACAUACUAAAUCUGCGUGUUGAGAUUCGCUUCACCACCGGCUUUUGUGUGCCGGUGCAAUUUGAAGAAAAUUUGGAUUUAUCUUCAUCCUAUCCAUUUUCCACAGCAGAAUCGAGUGCAGCUGUGGAAAAAUACGGAACAAAUGCAAGCGAAAUGGAAGGUACAUUUAACAACACUGUAUCGGAAGUGCAAUACGAGCGCCAACCGGGUGACCUGUUUUCAGCUGGGAAAUGCGGGAGUCAAUUAAGCUUCAAACUAUUUUUUCUAAAUAACUCGCUGUUAUUUCAGGUGAUUACCAAGCUAUCUUUAGCGCGCCCUUUAUGGAAUGUGAAUUUUACUAUAAGCUUUGAUCUGUUUCCCUCGCAGAAUACCAUCGGGAUUAUGUUUCGGUCCUUUUCGAGUCUGCGUCUGGAGCAUUCCUUGACGAAUCUGGCACAUAUUUUUCGCCAUGCGGAAGGAUAG